AUGGCAGUAUACUAUAAAUUAGGAAUAAAAUCUUUUUCUGAAUCUAAAGAUCGAAUUAUUCGUAAUAAUCAGAAUAAUAAUCAAUUCAUUGAUACAAUAGAAAAUGCUAAUUUUAUUAAUGGUUAUGAUUUAUUUACUUAUUCUCCGGCUAGAUAUCAAGAUCAAAAUAAGAAAGCAUUAUUAGAUGAUGUAAUUCAAAAUAAAAGAUAUAUUCCCUCUAGACAAGAUAUAUUAAUAGCACGUUUUUAUCCAAAACCAUUACCAAAUUAUUAUACAUAUGAACAACAUAGUGACAUAUCAAAAACAUAUGCAUUUAUUCCAAAUACAUUUGAUUAUAUACCAUCAGAUGAAGUAAAUGCUAUUGAUUGGCAUAUGAACUUUGCUAAUUAUGAUAUUUUUUCAUAUUAUCAUGGUAGUCUACUUGCUCAAGAUGAAUUACAAGUCCUUGAAUGUCCACAAUUAGCAUGUUUAAGAGAAUAUCUUUUACAACAAAGUAAUCAAAAUAAUGGUGAUAAACCUUUUAGUACACGUGUUAUGGAAAAUAAUUUACCUUAUCCGAUCUUAAUUAGUAAUACUGAACGUGCUAUUGAUCUAAAUACAGCGAAUUUAUAUGGUAAUAGUUUUUCAAAUUCAUCUAAAUCAACUGUUUUAAAAUCAUAUAAAUAUCUUAAUCCAUCUCAGAUUAUUAAUAUUGUUGCAAUUGAAGCACCUAAAUAUGGUCAAGGUUCAUAUACAAUUCAACAAAUUGAAUAUAUACUUCAAGCAUGUCUUACAGCUUAUUCAGCAGCUAAAACAUUAGCAAAUACGACGUAUAUAUUAAAUAAACAAAAAUCGGCAAAAAUGCCAUUAAAAACAUACAUUCAUACAGGUUGGUUUGGUUGUGGAGCUUAUGGUGGUAAUCGAGCAAUAAUGAUUGUAUUACAAAUCUUAGCAGCUAAAAUGGCUGGUAUUGAAAAAAUUAUAUUUCAUACAGUUACAGAUAAUUGUCAACAAGAAAUACAGAAUGCAGAAACUUGUUUGAAAAAUCUUUUUGAUAAUGAUCAUAAACCCUUAUCAAUAAAUGAACUUAUUACAAAGAUUGUUAAUGAACAUUUUCAAUGGGGUUUUAGCAAUGGAACAUAG